AUUGCCUUUAGGUCACCGGCAUUUUGAUUCAAAAUGUCGUCAGACGCACAAAACUAUUCAGGGGAUGAGGGAGAAGAGUACAACAGUCCUUAUAGAAAAAAUCCUCCUCGGGUUAGGAAGAAAAGUCGGUAUUACGAUGACGACUACUAUGAGCCUCCAACUAAUUACAAGCCUCGUGUACUUCAUUCUCCGAGGCCUCAAGUACAAGCAGAGGAAGUACCACAAAAAGUCAGGAAACCCGUAAAAAUGGUACGUUGGUAGCAUUACAACUAUUUGCCUUAGCAUAAAUCUAUGAUUGGCCAUAUGCCAUGGCGAUCUCAGAUGCAUCACCCGGAAAGACGACUAGCGCAAACAAAUGCUGUUCGCUUACGUAAUGUCCUUAAGCUCCCAAAAGCCCACAAAUGGGUAUUCUAUGAAUGGUUUUACUCAAAUCUGGACAGACCUUUGUUACUAGGUGAGAACGAUUUCCGUAUCUGCCUCCGUGAAAGUUUCCCAAACGUUAAAACUCGACGAUUAUCCCGUGCACAUUGGUCAUUAUUACGCCGUUUGAUGGGGAAGCCGCGUCGUUGUUCUACUGCAUUUUUCGACGAAGAACGUCGUUCGCUAAACGAAAAACGAGAGAAAAUACGUACUCUGCAAACCACACGUUCCGUCCAGCUGGAGUUCUUAAGAGAUUUACCAGAUGAUAUGCAUGUCCCUAUGCCUUUAAUAAUUGGGACUAAAAUAACAGCCAGAGUUCGUUAUCCAACAGAUGGUUUAUACACUGGAAAAGUAGACGCUAUUGAUGCAUUACGACAUUGCUAUCGUGUAACUUUUGACAAACCUGCUCUUGGUACUCGAUCCAUACCUGAUUAUGAAGUGUUAAGUAUAUUACCACAAGAAACUAUCCCUCUAUCGGCGUAUAAAACUCAACAUAAAGCUAGUCGUAAUCUUUUUAUGAGUCCUGCUCGAUUAUUAGCACAAUCUGCUUUACAGGUGAGUUAUUGGUCUGUAACAUUAAAUUUCAUCAUUGCCUAA